GAGUUGAUAAAUCUUGGUAUUUAAGAGUAAUAGCACAGGUACUAAUAUCUGAUAUGACAACAACUUUAUAUAUGUGGGUUCUUAACAAUCUUUUUAAGGUGACAAAUAAUAUAGCACUAAUUACAAUCUAUUCAGAUUGUGAUACUGGACUAGAACCAGCAAUCGAAACUGUUUUUCCAAAUAUAUGA